CCUUUUGUUUUGGCUGAAUAUUUCCUAAAGCGUUAAUCCUCCUGGCAUUUUGGUUUCUUUCCUGAGAAGUUUGAAGCUGAAGUGGUGAAAAGUUUUCUUCCUCCUUGUAAAUGUAUUUUUAGUUGAAAUGUUGUCGCUGUGACUGAGUACUGCUAGUAUAUCCAUCUUUCAAAGUGGUUGGAGAAUAUGCAAGAUUCUGAAUAGAUAAAAGGCUAAGGAAGGGAAAGAAAAAAAUACAAGUAAAACAAGAAAAGGGGACAUUGAAGAUCAACUAAGGUGAAUAGCAAGGAGAAUUGGAAGCAAGUGCAAUUAAUUCCUCAAUUUACUUUAUUGCGCAGUUGGUGGCAAUUGUUUCCUUGUCACUUGUACCCACUAGUGUGUCAACGAGAUAGGAUGGACAUAUUGACGCGAUGCACGGGCUCCGCUGCAGCCGAAGUUGUAAAAUGCACAGCAAAGCCCGUCAUACGUCAUGUUGGUUAUUUGUUCCGUUUCAAGAAAACUGUUGCUGAUCUUACCAAAGCAAAAAAAGACCUGCAAUUAGAGCAGCAAAAGGUGCAAGAGGCUAUCGAGCGAGCUGCAAUGAACAAUGAGAUUGCUGAGAAGGACGUAGAAAGGUGGUUGACAAAUGUGAAUCAACUCAUGGAAGAAGUACAGGCUUUGGAAAUUAAAGUACAAGUAAAUUUGAGGUUCUGUAACGGCUGGUGUCCUGAUUGGAUUCGGCAAUACAAGUUAUGUAAGGAAGCCAUUCAGAAGACAAAUGUUGUCAAAGAGCUCCAAGAUAGGGGCAAAUUUUCUGAAUUGACCCAUCGUGCUCCGACUCCUGGCAUAGAGAUCUUUUCAUCUAGUGAUUUCGAGGUGUUUGAAUCAACAAAAUUGGCUUUCCAACAAAUUAUGGAGGCAUUGCGUGAUGAUAACAGUAAAAGGAUUGGACUGCAUGGAAUAGGGGGGGUUGGUAAAACAACACUGGUAAAGGAAGUGCACAAGAAAACCAAAGAACUAAAUAUUUUCAAUGAAAUUGUGAUGACUGUUGUGUCGUUGACUCCAAACGUUAGAAGAAUUCAAGGUGAAAUUGCAGGCUGUUUAAAUUUGAAACUUGAUGAUGAGAGCGAUAUGGCAAGGGCAAGUCAAAUAUGCUUAAGAAUAAAGAGUGUAGAGAAGAUCCUCAUAAUCCUUGAUGAUGUUUGGAAAGAUGUCAACUUAGAAGCUAUUGGAAUUCCAUCUUCUGAUGAUCACAAGGGUUGCAAGAUGCUUUUGACUACUCGAAGUGUGCAUGUAUGCAAUUUAAUGCGUUGUCAAAGGAAAAUUCCAUUAAAUUUCUUAGUGGAGGAAGAAUCAUUGGCUUUGAUGAAAAAAACCGCUGUAGUUGAUGAUUGCCCAGGCUUGAAUGAUGUGGUACUAGAAGUCGUUAAAGAAUGCAAAGGUUUGCCUAUAGCAAUCAUUACAGUGGGAAAGGCUCUUACAGGAAAAUCUCUCAAUGAUUGGAAUGCGGCAAUGCAUCAACUAAGAAAGUCUAGACUUGUUGAUAUUGAAGGUGUAGAUGAAGAUAAAAAUGCUUAUGCAUGUCUUAAGUGGAGUUUUGAUCAAUUAAAACGAAAAACCAAGUUAUGCUUUUUGUUGUGUUCUUUAUUUCCAGAAGAUUAUAAUAUUCCCGUUGAAGAAUUGACUAUAUGUGUUAUGGGAUUAGAGGAAGAUGAAGAUUUUCACUUACUUGAAGACGCAAGGUGCCAAGUGCGUGCAGCAGUCGAUAGCCUCAAAGAUUCUUCUUUACUACUAGAAGGUUCUCAAAAAGAAUUUGUGAAGAUGCAUGACAUGGUUCGCGAUAUUGGCUUAUGGAUAACAUCAAAAGGGGAAAAUGAAUUCGAGCUAAGAGCCUGCACUCGUUUAGAGAGAAACACAAACUUUGAAAGAGCCACAGCAAUCUCCUUGAUUGAUUUCAACACCAAACAACUUCCUGAUAAAUUGGUAUGUCCAAGACUCAACAUUUUGUUAUUGGGUGGAAUUCAAAGUUCCAAAAAUAUCUCUAACGCAUUGUUUGAAGGGAUGAAUUGUCUCAAGGUUUUAUCACUACAUGACAUAAUCUUAUCAUCACAAUCACUCGAAUUAUUGACAAACCUUCGGACCUUAUAUUUGAAAAGGUGCGAUUUCAAUGAUGACCUCUCUUCAUUGGGAAAGUUAAAGAGACUUGAGACUUUGAGAUUUUUCGGAUGUGUAAUAAAUGCAUUGCCAAGUGAGUUAGGGGAAAUGGUGGGUUUAAAAAUGCUAGAUUUGACGGAUUGUGAUCAACUGCAACAUAUUCCACCAAAUGUGAUACGAAGAUUAUCCCAAUUAGAAGAACUAAUCAUUAGUAGCAGCUUCAAGAAUUGGGAUGUUGAAGGGACAACCUCAGAAAUAAGCAACGCUAACUUAUCAGAGUUGAACUCAUUACCCCGCUUGGUUAAUCUCUCUCUACUGUUGAACUCGAAUCAUUUACCCAAAGGCUUUGUUUUCCCAGAGCAUUUGCGUAGAUAUUACAUAGUGAUUGGCAAACCGUACUUGUCUGCUAUGACACCUGGGCGAACCCUAGCAAUCAAAGAUUUGAAUGCCUCCUCAAUGAACGCAUUGAAGUCGUUGUUCCAUACCGUGGAAUAUUUUUUGAUCGAGUCUUGUGAGAUGGAAUGCAUUGUUGAUACAAUAUGUGAGGGGCCCAACCAGUAUGAAAUCUUCAACAAUCUCACAGUUUUUAGAGCAUCUGGAUGCCCGAGAUUGAUCAGUCUCUUCUCGCCGUCCCUUGCUCAAAGUCUAAAAAGGCUGAAAAAACUGUGUCUUCACCGAUGCCAUGAAAUGAAGCAAAUAAUUUCAGAGGAGGGAAUGACACUGGAGAGUCACGGUCAACCAAUAUGUCUCUCAAAAUUAGAGACUCUUGUGGUAGGGAAUUGCGGAAAACUGGAAUAUAUCUUUCCGAUCUCAAUUGAUCUUCCCCAACUAGAAAGGCUAGAGUUAGGAGAUCUUCCUCGAUUAAAGAAAGUAUUCGGCCAGAGCAAAGAAGGAGAAGUUGGGGAUUGUGAAAUAGAGAGUCACCAUCAACCUACAGGCUUCCCAAAAUUAAAGACUAUUCGGGUAUCGAAAUGCAGAAAUCUGGUAUGUCUAUCAACUGCUCGAGAUCUUCCCCAACUAGAAAGUCUAGAAUUACGAGAUCUUCCUCAAUUAAAGCAAGUAUUCGGCCAGAACAGAGAAGGAGAAGUUGGGGAUUGUGAAAUAGAGAGUCACCAUCAACAUACAGGCUUCCCAAAAUUAAAGACUAUUCAGGUAUGGAAUUGCAGAAAUCUGGUAUGUCUAUCAACUGCUCGAGAUCUUCCCCAACUAGAAAGUCUAGAAUUACGAGAUCUUCCUCAAUUAAAGCAAGUAUUCGGCCAGAACAGAGAAGGAGAAGUUGGGGAUUGUGAAAUAGAGAGUGACCAUCAACCUACAGGCUUCCCAAAAUUAAAGACUAUUCAGGUAUGGAAUUGCAGAAAUCUGGUAUGUCUAUCAACUCGAGAUCUUCCCCAACUAGAAAGUCUAGAAUUACAAGAUCUUCCUCAAUUAAAGCAAGUAUUCGGCCAGAACAGAGAAGGAGAAGUUGGGAAUUGUGAAAUAGAGAGUGACCAUCAACCUACAGGCUUCCCAAAAUUAAAGACUAUUCAGGUAUGGAAUUGCAGAAAUCUGGUAUGUCUAUCAACUGCUCGAGAUCUUCCCCAACUAGAAAGUCUAGAAUUACGAAAUCUUCCUCAAUUAAAGCAAGUAUUCGGCCAGAACAGAGAAGGAGAAGUUGGGGAUUGUGAAAUAGAGAGUGACCAUCAACCUACAGGCUUCCCAAAAUUAAAGACUAUUCAGGUAUGGAAUUGCAGAAAUCUGGUAUGUCUAUCAACUCGAGAUCUUCCCCAACUAGAAAGUCUAGAAUUACAAGAUCUUCCUCAAUUAAAGCAAGUAUUCGGCCAGAACAGAGAAGGAGAAGUUGGGAAUUGUGAAAUAGAGAGUGACCAUCAACCUACAGGCUUCCCAAAAUUAAAGACUAUUCAGGUAUGGAAUUGCAGAAAUCUGGUAUGUCUAUCAACUGCUCGAGAUCUUCCCCAACUAGAAAGUCUAGAAUUACGAGAUCUGGUAUGUCUAUCAACUGCUCGAGAUCUUCCCCAACUAGAAAGUCUAUCAUUAAAAGAUCUUCCUCAAUUAAAGAAAGUAUUCGGUCAGAACAGAGAAGGAGAAGUUGGGGAUUGUGAAAUAGAGAGUGACCAUCAACCUACAGGCUUCCCAAAAUUAAAGACUAUUCAGGUAUGGAAAUGCAGAAAUCUGGUAUGUCUAUCAACUGCUCGAGAUCUUCCCCAACUAGAAAGUCUAGAAUUACAAGAUCUUCCUCAAUUAAAGCAAGUAUUCGGCCAGAACAGAGAAGGAGAAGUUGGGAAUUGUGAAAUAGAGAGUCACCAUCAACCUACAGGCUUCCCAAAAUUAAAGACUAUUCAGGUAUGGUGUUGCGAAAAUCUGGAAUGUCUAUCAAUUGCUGGAGAUCUUCCCCAACUAAAAAGUCUAGAAUUAGGAGAUCUUCCUCAAUUAAAGAAAGUAUUCAGCCAGAACAGAGAAGGAGAAGUUGGGGAUUGUGAAAUAGAGAGUCACCAUCAACCUACAGGCUUCCCAAAAUUAAAGAAUAUUAAGGUAUGGAAUUGCAGAAAUCUAGUAUGUCUAUCAACUGCUCGAGAUCUUCCCCAACUAGAAAGGCUAAAAUUACAUGAUCUUCCUCGAUUAAAGAAAGUAUUCGGCCAGAACAGAGAAGGAGAAGUUGGGAAUUGUGAAAUAGAGAGUGACCAUCAACCUACAGGCUUCCCAAAAUUAAAGACUAUUCAGGUACGGAAUUGCAGAAAUCUAGUAUGUCUAUCAAUUGCUCGAGAUCUUCCCCAACUAGAAGGUCUAGAAUUAGAUGAUCUUCCUCAAUUAAAGAAAGUAUUCGGCCAGAACAGAGAAAGAGGAGUUGGGGAUUGUGAAAUAGAGAGUCACCAUCAACCUACAGGCUUCCCAAAAUUAAAGACUAUUAAGGUAGUGAAUUGCGGAAAUCUGGAAUAUAUGUUUCCGAUCUCAAUAGCUCGAGAUCUUCCCCAACUAGAAAGUCUAACAUUAGAAGAUCUUCCUCAAUUAAAGCAAGUAUUUGGCCAUAGUUCUUCAGUUUGGCCAUCAUUGAAGAGGCUAUACGCGGUGAACUGUCCUAAAGUGAAGUUGUCAUUUUUUGCUAAUGUGGAAGCGAAUGUACCAGCUGUGCAAAAGCUUCAAAAUUUACAGAUCUUGUCUCUACGUGAUUGGAAUGCAAUUUCAUUUGAUGGGAUUCAAGGUUUGUCAAAUUUGGAAGAAUUAGAAAUUGAAAAUUGUGGAGGAAUCCAAGAGGUGAUUAAGCUUGAAGGGCUUCUUACUAUAAAAGGAGAGCAACAAGAUCUAUUGCUCCCAAGAUUGAAGAAAAUGUUGUUGAUUGAUCUACUUGAACUGAGGUGCAUAUGGAAGGGCACAACUAAACUUAUAAAUCUCAACAAUCUUGAAGAUUUAAAAGUCAUCAGAUGCAAAAAAUUGACACAUCUCUUCACACCGGCCCCCACUCAAAGCUUACAAAAGUUGAAAUUUCUUGAAAUUGAAAGGUGUGAUGAAUUGGAGCAUCUAAUUGUUGAAAAUGCAGAAGAACAAGUCUUAUCAGAGAGUCAUCCCCAACCUUUAUGCUUCCCUAAACCAAAUGUGGUCAAAGUCAAGGUCGAAAGUUGCAAUAAAUUGAAGUGUCUCUUCCAUGUGGAUCGUUGGAAUGCAGUUUCCAUUUUUUUGAGAUUAGAAGAAUUGGAAUUGAAGAACUGUGGAGGAUUGCAGGAGGUGUUCAACUUUGAAGGUUUUCUUACCAGAGAAGGAGAACAACAAGAUGAGUUUUUCCCAAGAUUGAGGAAAAUGUGCUUGGUCGAACUACAUGAAUUGACAUAUAUAUGGAAGGGUCCAAUCCAACUUAUAAAUCUCAACAAUCUUGAAGAUUUAAAAGUCAUCGGGUGCAAAAAAAUGACGCAUCUCUUCACACCGGCCCUCGCUCAAAGCUUACAAAAGUUGAAAUUUCUUGAAAUUGAAAGGUGUGACGAAUUGGAGCAUAUAAUUGUUGAAAAUGUAGAAGAACAGGUCUCAUCAGAGAAUCAUCUCCAACCUUUAUGCUUCCCUAAACUGAUAAGAGUCAAUGUCAAAUACUGCAAUAAAUUGAAAUAUCUCUUCCCCAUGACCAUCGCUGAUAGUCUUUUAGAACUAAAGAUUCUCAUAGUAAAAGAAAACUCUCAAUUAAUGGAAGUAUUCACACAUGAAGGAGACGCUGGAGCUCAGAAAGAUGUAACGCUCCCUCUACUAGAAUUUAUGGGACUCAAAGGUCUACCAAGCCUUGUUAACUUCUGCCCAAAGAACUAUCAGUUUAUACUGCUAAAAUGGAGGAAGUUAAGAGUGGAAAGCUGUAAGAACAUGAGGACGACUUUUACCCGUACUCCAGACAGAAGUGUGCUUAUAAAUGGAGAGGUAGCCCAGAUAGACGAGCCUACAGGGACUUCAACAAUUUCUCCAGUGCUUACCAUAUGCCCUGCCAACAACGAUAUAAUAUGGGACUCAGGUGGCUACUUAUCACCAGAUGGAUUAUAUUUUUACGUAGAAUUCGAAAGAUGUUGAUUUGGAUUUAUUAUGGUCUUUUCUACACACGUGGCUUAAAUUUGUGGCGGGCUCAUGGAUGGAUGGACGUGCUACUUCUGUAGAGGUCUCCGUCCUCAAAAUAUUCUCAUCUCUGUAUUUCACAACUCUUUUGCUUUCUAUUUAUUUGAUGUGUGUUUUAUUUUAUUUUAUUUUUUUAUAGAUAAUGUGUUUUUUUCUUUUUAUUUCUUGAACAAGAGACAAAUAUUUGUACAACUUUUUUAAGUGAUAAUUUAUUAUUAAAACAUCAUUUUUACAUUUUUUAUUA